AUGGCAGCGACACUGCUGCAAGAAUAUACUUGGGAAAUACCCCAAGUACACCGGCGAGCGUCGCGGACAGUGGCUCCGCGUCAGCUGCGGAAGACAAGCAAGGGCCUGGUGGCGGUGAUGCGAUCGCAGAACGUCCUCAAUUCUGAGAAUGCGAAGGAGUGGCUGCAGCAAAUCGACGCUGCGCCACCAGCCCCUAUAGCCUCCGUGUGGACUGAGGUCGAUGCUUGGUUUGUGCAGCGGGGCCACCAGUUUGCCGUGGAAGGGGUGCGUCCCCUUGCCUCGCUGUGGGGGUCGGCAGAAGAGUUACCGCCAAAUCUGGCAGUGUCCUUAGCAAUGCAUGGGCAGCUGGCCUUGCCAGAACAACCGGUGUUCGCAGAAGAAGAAGAAUGGCGUCUGUACCCUUUGAACUUCGCUCCACCAACCCCAACGGCAGCUGCGAACCAAGCCGGGUUGCACAAGUCCGUGCCUCACUGGAACAAAGGCUGGAAGAUCGAAUAUCACGGAUCGAGCCUAUACGGGAUCAGCAGCGCCAUCUCGGUGGGCGAGGUGUUCCCCAGUGAGCCCGACACUGCGGCCCAUCGCUCUGCUUGUGGAAGAGGCGCCUAUUCCACAGGUUCGUUGAAGAUGGCAGCUCGAUAUGCGAUCACUCACUAUUUUCACGACCCGCUUGCGCCAAUGCAUCCUUGGGUCGUGAAGAUGGUGCUGUUGAUUGGCAUUCCCAGCGACGGGGGUGACUUGCCGGUGGCAGCAUGGGAGCAACAAGACAGAAGUGGCCUCUCGAAGUCCGAGAAGAAGAGAACCCCCGCCUUCAAGCUCACCGAGGACGACGACAGGCUCAGCAAGCGCCAGAUGCGUUCAGAACAAGAAGGACGUGCUCGUGAGAAGGACUGGACCACGGAGGCUUUGGACUACAGUCAAUCCACAAGCGGAAUUGCCUUGGGCGCGGCCAUUAUGUUGAGUCUGAAACGGGUGAGAUCCACAGUGGCUGCUUUGGCCUGUCUAUGUGGUGGGAUGGGUUUGGUCGCCACGCUCCCUGGGGCGUACGCCUCGGGGCGCUGGGUGGCCAAUGAGAAGCGAUCCUUCUGCAAGUGGAGCUCAACCUUCAAGGGGUGAUGUGCAAAGUGGUUGCUUGGUGCUGGCUUCAGCUUUUGCAAGCGUAUGACAACUGCUCCUUGCAACCCGUUCUGGUGGCUAUGGUGGCUAUGUGCUGG